AAAAAAAUACACACUCCUAAGGAGGCUACGUAACCUUCGACGGAGGAGUCCAUAAAACUCACAUUUUCAUUUUCUCAAAAGAACAACGAACAGCUCUAAUAUUUUUUACAAUAAUUCUUCAGAGCUGUUCAAGUUCAACAACAAUUUGAUUUAGAGAAGACAAAACAAAUAUUAAUCAUUGUAACGAAAAACACAAACAAUUAUGUCGUACGGAUACGACGAUGAAGCCAAGAGGAAGAGGAGGUAUGUUGUUAUCACCAUCUCCUCUGUUCUUCUGAUCUCGAUGGUAGUCGCGGUUACCGUUGGUGUCAGCCUCAAUAAGAAUGACGGUGACUCCGAAGGUAAAGGAGAGAUAACAGCUUCCGUCAAGGCCGUGAAGGAUGUUUGUGCACCAACUGAUUACAGAAAGACUUGUGAAGACACUCUGAUUAAGAACGGGAAGAACACAACCGACCCGAUGGAGUUGGUUAAGACUGCGUUUAGUGUUACGAUGAAGCAGAUCACGGACGCAGCUAAGAAGUCGCAGACGAUGAUGGAGCUUCAGAAGGAUCCAAGGACAAGGAUGGCGCUUGAUCAGUGCAAGGAGCUUAUGGAUUACGCGUUGGGUGAGCUAAGUAACUCUUUCGAGGAGCUUGGAAAAUUUGAGUUCCACUUGCUCGACGAAGCUCUGAUCAAUCUGAGGAUUUGGCUCAGCGCGGCAAUCAGCCACGAGGAGACUUGUCUUGAAGGGUUUCAAGGAACGCAAGGGAAUGCAGGAGAGACAAUGAAAAAAGCGUUGAAGACCGCAAUCGAGUUGACCCACAACGGGCUAGCGAUCAUCAGCGAAAUGUCGAAUUUUGUUGGCCAAAUGCAGAUUCCAGGGCUGAACAGCCGCCGACUUUUGGCCGAAGGAUUCCCUUCGUGGUUAGACCAGCGUGGGCGUAAACUCCUGCAAGCUGCUGCCGCAUAUUCCGAUGUGAAGCCUGAUAUUGUGGUUGCCCAGGACGGGAGCGGUCAAUACACGACGAUCAAUGAAGCGUUGCAGUUUGUCCCCAAGAAGAAGAACACAACUUUCGUGGUUCACAUUAAGGCUGGACUAUACAAGGAGUAUGUUCAGGUGAACAAGAGCAUGACGCAUCUUGUGUUCAUCGGUGAUGGUCCCGACAAAACCAUCAUUUCCGGAAAUAAGAAUUACAAGGAUGGUAUCACCACCUACCGUACCGCCACUGUCGCCAUUGUUGGAAACUACUUCAUUGCCAAGAACAUCGGGUUUGAAAACACCGCUGGGGCAAUAAAACAUCAAGCGGUUGCGCUUAGAGUUCAAUCGGAUGAGUCGAUAUUUUUCAAUUGUAGAUUCGAUGGCUACCAAGACACGCUCUACACUCACUCCCACCGUCAGUUCUUCCGUGAUUGUACCAUUUCAGGCACAAUUGAUUUCCUUUUUGGAGAUGCAGCUGCUGUAUUCCAAAACUGUACUUUGUUGGUGAGGAAGCCACUCCCUAACCAAGCAUGCCCGAUCACAGCCCACGGUCGUAAAGACCCAAGGGAAGUUACCGGAUUUGUGUUCCAAGGAUGCACCAUUGCCGGUGAACCAGAUUACUUGGCAGUCAAGGAAACCAGCAAAGCCUAUCUUGGUAGGCCAUGGAAGGAAUAUUCAAGGACUAUCAUCAUGAACACUUUCAUCCCAGAUUUUGUUCAGCCACAAGGAUGGCAACCAUGGCUCGGUGAUUUCGGCCUCAAGACAUUAUUUUACUCUGAGGUCCAAAACACCGGACCGGGAUCCGCCCUUGCAAACCGGGUUACAUGGGCUGGAAUCAAGACACUGAGCGACGAAGAUAUCCUCAAGUUCACACCGGCUCAGUACAUCCAAGGUGAUACUUGGGUUCCAGGCAAAGGUGUUCCGUACACUCCAGGCCUUUUGGCUGGGAACCCGGCCGCUGCGACCACCACCCCGAGCGGCUCAGCUGCUCCAGGUUUCUCCACCUUCACGGAUACAAGUGGCGCUGACUCGAUUGCUCCAGCAGCUUCCCCGGAAAGUUCACUUGCUCCGGAAAGUUCGAUUAAGAUAGCUUCAUCGGAAACGGCUUCCCCAGAAAGUUCGAUUAAGGUGGCUUCAACGGAGACGGCUUCCCCAGAAAGUUCAAUUAAGGUGGCUUCAACGGAGACUGCUUCCCCGGAAAGUUCAAUCAAGGUGGCUUCAACGGAGAGCUCUGUUUCGAUGGUUUCAAUGUCUACCUAAAAAAUUGAUUAAGAUGCCAUAUAAUGUGUUUUUUUUCUUACUCUAAUUCAAGAAAACCUGAAAGAAAACAAAAAUUGCACAACCUUGAGGACUUCAGGAUUAUUGGUCUUCCAAAUUGUUGGGAUUAAUGUUUUAGAUUUGUAAACUCAUGUUUAAUAUUGCAGUAUAUUAAAAAUGUUGUUUAUAAAUCUAUUUAUAAUUAACUAGUGCAUCUUGUAAACU